UAAUUUUUAUUCGCCAUCCCAAUAGGCAAUAAUAUCAAAAAUAGCAUUUAAAAAAAAAACAACACCACUUUUUUCUGUCUAACGCCAUACCAACCUUCCCAUCGGACAGAGGCCCUCGUUCUCUCUCAGAUUCGCUUCUCCAUAGGCAAGAAGAACACAGUUCAGGGCUGCUGAUUCACUCCCUUUCUCUUUUUGUUCUCCCAAACCAUGAGAGGAGGAGGCCUCUGGCAGCUUGGCCAGUCGAUCACCCGCCGCCUCGCGCAGGGCAACAAGAAGGCUGUUGCCCCCCGCCGAUUCUUCGCCAGCGAGGCCGAUCUCAAGAAGACGGUCCUCUACGACUUCCACGUCGUCAAUGGCGCGAAGAUGGUGCCCUUUGCGGGUUGGAGCAUGCCAAUCCAAUACAAGGACUCGAUAAUGGACUCCACCGUGAACUGCAGGGAGAAUGGGAGCCUCUUCGAUGUGUCCCACAUGUGCGGUCUCAGCCUCAAGGGCAAGGACUGCGUGCCUUUCCUGGAGAAGCUAGUAAUUGCCGACGUGGCUGGGCUCGCUCCGGGUACUGGGUCCCUCACUGUCUUCACGAAUGAGAAGGGAGGGGCCAUAGAUGACUCGGUGAUCACUAAGGUGACGGACAAGCAUAUCUAUUUAGUCGUGAAUGCAGGGUGCAGGGAUAAGGACUUAGCUCAUAUCGAGGAGCACAUGAAGGCGUUCAAGGCAAGGGGUGGAGAUGUCUCGUGGCACAUUCACGAUGAGAGAUCCCUGCUCGCCCUUCAGGGUCCUCUUGCAAUGCCAGUUCUGCAACACCUUACUAAAGAGGACUUAAGCAAGCUUUAUUUCGGCGAGUUCCGUAUUUUGGACAUUAAUGGUUCAUCUUGCUUCCUAACCAGAACAGGUUACACGGGCGAAGAUGGAUUUGAGAUCUCUGUUCCCUCAGAGAACGCCGUGGACCUCGCUAAGGCGAUCCUUGAGAAGUCUGAGGGCAAGGUGAGGCUCACCGGGCUUGGGGCCAGGGACAGUCUCCGUCUUGAGGCAGGACUCUGCCUUUAUGGGAAUGACAUGGAGCAGCACAUAACCCCUGUGGAGGCAGGCCUUACAUGGGCCAUAGGGAAGCGGAGGCGAGCUGAGGGUGGAUUUCUCGGUGCUGAGACCAUCCUGAAGCAGCUUGAGGAGGGGCCCCGGAUCCGCCGGGUGGGGAUCAUCUCCUCAGGCCCCCCUGCAAGGAGCCAUAGCGAGAUCAAGGACAGCGGGGGCGAGAAGAACCUCGGGGAGGUCACCAGCGGCGGGUUCUCCCCCUGCCUCAAGAAGAACAUUGCAAUGGGGUACGUGAAGUCCGGGUCCCACAAGUCAGGCACCAAACUUAAGAUCGCAAUUCGAGGGAAGGCCUACGAUGGUGUGAUCACGAAGAUGCCCUUCGUUCCAACGAAAUACUACAAGCCGUCCUAGGUUCUUUCGAUGGUACUGCUGGAGAUGUGCUUCGUUACGUUUUUUGUCUUGCCAUCUGAUUGGUCUAUGUUUCUCUCGACAGUUGAAGGGCAAUGAUAAUUCUGAUUUUUGUCCA